AUAUCUGGUCGUUUUUAGUCCCGGCUCAAAGACAUUGGAGGGAACCGUCAUGUCCAAAACCGUAUAGACUGGCUUUUACUAAGAUAGUCCCUUAUAACGGGAAAAGUGUUCAUGAAAAGUGUUAUUGAAAUACAUCGUUGGAACUCUAAAAUGUGAAAUAGCCACCUGGAAGAAUGUCCAGCGACGCUAUAUGGGGGUCUUGGGAGUCUAGCUAGCUUAUAGCAGCCCGGAAAUAGUGGGUAAAAUCUGGAUGAAAAUUGGCUAUGGAGCUCAAACAAUGCAGCGAAACGAUGAAGGACAUAUACAAGAAUGUAUUGAUUGGAGUAAAUCAUUUCAACCACAUGCACCUUUACUUGCUCUCAUCUUCAAAAUAUUGCAUAAACACGCAGAGUGUGUGGGCUUGUCCACCGGAACUGCCUCUGGGUCACGUGGUUAAACACACAGGUGUUGGCCCCAUAAAACUACACUAAGCUAAAUGAAACUAAUCCAUUACAGCUCAAAUGUCACUUUACUGCAAAACUGGAUUAAAAAAAAGUACAACGCUGCAAUGAUGUUCUAAUAGUAUGCUGCAAUGAACAAGUGUGGAUUUGGGAGUACAAGUGCUCAGUGACUUUUUCCAGGUCUGCAUGAUCCCAAGAAGAUGUUUUGCCUGAGGAUAAAGAGGAGGUGUCCGAACUGUAGUGGUCUGCUCCAGUCCGCUCCUGCCUGCCUACAGGGGCGGGUACAGCUUCUCUUCCGUUAGGGGACACCCGUCCUACUCCUCAUCAUCUUCCUCCUCCUCAGCAGCAGUCAGCAGAGCUCGUCUCCGUCCCGAACCCAGCCCGUCCUCUGCUUCUCAAUCAUGUCCGCCAACUGGGCCGGCGGAGACCUGCUGCGGGUCCCCCUGGGACUCAUCAACAGCGAGGCCAAGUACCUGACCGCCGAGACGUUCGGCUUUAAGAUCAACGCCUCAGCCGGCAGCCUGAAGAAGAAGCAGACGUGGACGCUGGAGCAGACCGGCGAGGACGGCAGCGUCGUCUUCCUCCUGUCCCACCUGGGCCGCUACCUGGGGGCGGACAAGGACGGCAACGUGACGGCGGACAGCGAGGUGCGCUCCCCGGACUGCCGCUUCCUCAUCGCGGCGCACGAAGACGGCCGCUGGUCGCUGCAGUCGGAGCCGCACGGCCGAUAUCUGGGCGGCAGCCAGGACCGCAUCACUUGCUUCGCGCAGACGGCGUCCGCGGCGGAGAGGUGGAGCGUACACCUUGCCGUGCACCCUCAGGUCAACCUCUACAGCGUGGCGCGUAAACGCUUCCUCCACCUCAGCUCACGCGGGGAGGUGUCCGCGGACCGGGACGCCCCUUGGGGGGUGGACUCGCUCGUCACCCUGGUCUACCGAGACCAACGCUACCACCUGGAGACCUCGGACAACCGCUUCCUGCGCAGUGACGGCGGCCUGGUCCCGGCCACCGAGAGGGACACCGGCUACGUGCUGGAGUUCCGCUCCGGAAAAGUGGCCUUCCGAGACUGCAGCGGUCGUUACCUGGCGCCGACGGGGCCCACGGGGACGGUCAAGGCCGGGAAGGUGACCAGGGUGGGGAAGGAUGAGCUGUUUGGCCUGGAGAGGAGUCAUGCGCAAGUUGUCCUCACUGCUGCCAACGACAGGAACGUAUCCACUCGGCAAGGUGUGGACCUAUCAGCCAAUCAGGACGAGGAAGGAGACCAGGAAGUCUUCCAACUGGAGAUGAGCCCCGAGGACAGGAAGUGUGCUUUUAGGACCUCUGCCGGCAAAUACUGGACCUUGACGCCCGCCGGCGGACUGCAGUGCACUGCCGCCGCCAAGUGCGGCGACUCCUACUUUGACCUGGAGUGGCGUGACGGUCGCGUUUGCGUGCGUGCGGCCAACGGCAAGUACGUGACGGCUAAGAGGAACGGCCAGUUAGCCGCAACCGUCGACAACCAAGGAGAGGCAGAGCACUUCCUGAUGAAACUCAUCAACCGUCCAAUCAUAGUCCUCCGUGGCGAGCACGGUUUCAUCGGCGCACGUAAGGCGGGCGGGGCCACCUUGGACUCCAACCGUGCAUCCUACGAUGUUUUCCAGCUGGAGUUCCUCAACAGCGCGUACGCCCUCAAAGACUGCCAAGGGAGGCGCUGGUGUGUCGGCAGCGACUCGGCGGUGUCGUGCGGCGAUAGCGCUCCGGCGAACUUCCUCUUUGAGUUCUGCGACCUGAACAAGAUGGCGGUGCGUGUCUCGGGGGGGAAGUAUCUCAAAGGAGACCACGCCGGGGGGCUCAAGGCGAGUGCCGACUCCCUGGAUGGCGCCACCUUGUGGGAAUACUGAGGAAUACACAGCACAUAUUUCGUAUCGGACUAAUUCUUUUUCCUCUAGUUUAAUCUCUUAUCACUAUGCUCUUUAGGUUCAAUGCCACACGUAUUGCUACUUUGCUUGCACGCUAAAACGUGUUUCCCAUAGGAAAUAAUACACUUUGUUUGAACCCCUUUCAUAAGCUUAGAAGAGAUCCAUUUGAGGAUAACUGGUUAGCUUGUUAGCUAUUUUGCCUGGUGCCGAGAGUCCCUGGAACAUAAUAGUUGUGCAAUCCAGUGUAAACAAUGAAUAGUAGGAAUGUAAAGAUGACUAUAGGGGUGUUAUUUCAUGUCUAGGGGGCUCUAAUCAUGUUAAAAAAUGUAUUAAGAAGGUGAUAACAGGUUUUCUAUGCCUAAUAUGUCUUAUUUUUGCUUACUAGACUUAAUGUCGUGGCCAGCCAAGGGGAGGAAGCAAGCUUUUUGCACAAAACUGUUAGAAAAACGUGAUAAGCACAUCAAAAAGAUGCUGCAAAUAAAACCGGGACAGCAUCUAAGUAUCAAAGUCAUUGUGGACGUGCCUUUUAUGUAUUUUUUGAUGUCAGCCUGCAACUGAAAUCAGUAAAAACAAAACAAGGAAGUACUUUUGAUUGUCAUGGUUGAGUACAGCUUAUGUGUGGGAGGAGGAGGGUUGGAAGAUAAAAAAAAGGAGAUGACCUGCUCCACUUCCUCAGAAUAAAACACU